AUGCGACUCUGGCCUGACCAGACACGCCAAUGGCUACUUCCCCUCAUCCUCCUCCUCUAUCGACUGGUACCUUGCUGCUGCAUGCGCCGCACGUGGCAGACGCACCCAUACCUGGCCGCUAAACUUCACCUGGAACUUUUCGACCACAUGGAUUUUCAACGGACCACACGUUCCCAUGGACAGUGUAGCCAACUAUAUCACUACCGUGGUCAACUGCUGCCUGCCAUGGAGGUUUUCACUUUGAAAUAUCUUGGUCUUUCUGAAGCCUCGUCAUGA